UGUUUUUUCUCCUUAACAAAAGUCGGCUGUUGUUUCUGUGAGUACAAAGCUGACGGCCGUGGCGGCUGCGGUCAGUCCGAGCGACGCGCCGCGCGGUGACGGAUCUCCUGUUUGCCAGGGCAGCGUUAAGUUCGAUCCGCUCUGCUCUUUGACACGGGCGACUUCUAGACAGAGCUAGACAGAGACGAGCAGGGUUCCGGGUGGCAGCUUCGUAGACACAGCUGGAUUAUUCUUAACAUUUUCUUUCUCCCCACCUUCGGCAGCCGCUCGCGCUCACCGCCUGUCAUCGCGCACCGAGGCUUUACGCACGUUUGGAUGCCCUGACCGCCUCCAAGGCGAGACGGUCGAGACUGGAGACAGGGAGGACUUGUUGCGCGUCUCCCGGGAGCGCACCAGCCUAGUUUCCAUCCAAGUCCGAACCUGCUUGUGAUGCUUGGGAUUGAGUUGUUUUAAAGAAGCAGGGAUGGAGCGCGCACCAACAGCCUGAAGUCCGCGCGGACUGCCGCUCAGAAAUGAGGAGAGUCUGCUCACAACUGAGCAAAUUGGGGUGACGAGUUCCUUCCAGGCUGACGAGCAACAAACCGCUUCUCCUGUAAAUGGCAUCCACGCACAACCGAACCAAACUUUACUCGGGUCAGAUCCGACGAGCUGAUUAAUUCGAUUUGUUUUCCUCCCACUUGUUUCGAACUGAGCCUUCCCUCUCCUCGUCAACAUGUCUGAGCGUGAUGGAUGUGGAGACGGGCUUUGUGGCGACGGAGCGCCGGACUUCAUUCCGCCCAGAGCGCCCCGCGGUCGGCGCAGCGGCGUCAUCCUCCCCGGCAGCGGCAGCGGCGGCGGCCAGGACUCCGACACCAUCCUGCUGGAGGCGGUGAAGGCGGCACCGCGCCGGAGCAGCAUCAUCAAGGAUCCCUCGGUGCAGAAAGCAGGUGGUGGCAGAAAGAAGACGGUGUCCUUUAGCAGCAUGCCCUCUGAAAAGAAGGUGAGCAGUGCAGCCGACUGCUUGGCGUUCAUGCAAGGCGGGUGUGAACUGAAAAAGAUUCGGCCUAACUCCAGGGUUUACUGUCGCUUUUUCACCUUGGACUCGGAUCUGAGCUGCUUACGCUGGGAACCGUCCAAGAAGGAUGCGGAUCGGGCUCGGCUGGACGUCUCCAGCAUCCGAGAGGUCCGUACCGGGAAAAGCACAGAGACUUUCCUCCAUAACGGUCCUCUGUCUGAACACCUGGCAGAGGAAGCCGCCUUCUCCAUCAUACAUGGUGAUGAAUAUCAGUCUCUAGACUUGGUUGCAUUGUCAGCGGAUGUGGCUAACAUCUGGGUGACUGGCCUGCGCCACCUGCUGGCCCAUCCCUCGAUCAUUGGAGGAGCUGGAGGAGGUAGCGGAGGAGUAACAGCAGGACUGGGUGAUGGAGGGGGCGUGGCCGUAGAAGGCAGCUUGGGAAGCAAGAUGAGGAGCGAGUGGCUGGCAACAGAGUUUGCACAGGUGGACGAAGACGGCUACGGCAUCGUCUCAGAGGACGUAGCCGUCGCUACCAUCUGUAAACUGUGUCCAGGCAUCAAGGAGGCGAAGGUUCGCCUACGUUUCAAAGAGAUCCAGCGCAGCAAGGAGAAGCUGACCUCCCAUGUGACACGUGAGGAGUUCCAGGAGGCCUACUGUGAGCUUUGCACUCGGCCCGACGUCUACUUCCUGCUGGUGCAGCUGUCCCAGGAUCGGGAGUGUCUGGAUCCUCAGGACCUUCGCCUCUUCUUGGAGACGGAGCAGGGUCUGUCUCUGGCUACAACCGAGGGUUGCUGGGACCUCCUGAGGCGAUACGAGCCAUCGGCCCAGGGCAGAGAGAGAGGAUUGCUGGGUCUGGAUGGAUUUGCUCUUUACCUGCAGUCCCCUGAAUGCCAGCUGCUGGACCCAGAGCACCUGGGGGUCUGCCAGGACAUGAACCUGCCUCUGUCCCACUACUACGUCAGCACCUCAUACCGCUCCUACCUGCUGGAUGACCAGGUUCAUGGGAGAGCAGACCUGGGAGGACUGAUCAAGGCUCUGCAGUCCGGCUGCCGAUGCCUGGAGCUUGGAGUCACUGAUGGCCCAGAGGGGGAACCUCUGCUUGGCGUUGACUAUGGACCAGAUAUCUCUCGGCACCAUCAUCAUCAUCACCAUCACCACCAUCAUGCACCUGUCACUAUCCGCUCUGCACUAGAAGUGGUCAAUAAAUAUGGCUUCCUGACCUCCCAGUACCCUCUCUUGUUGUACUUGUGUCAGCGCUGCUCUCCUGCCCAGCAGCGUACUAUGGCACACCAUCUAAAGAAGGUGUUUGGAUCCCGUCUUUACACUCCAGAGGCACUACCAGUCAGCCUGGGAGGCCGGGCCACAACCUUACCCUCCCCUGAGCAGCUGAAGGGACGCAUUCUUAUAGUGGGGAAAAAGCUUCCUGUGGAGCAGGAGGGCUCUGAUGGGGAGGUGUCAGAGGAGGAUGAGGAGAUAGGGGGAGGGGGGCCCUUGGCAGGAAGGAGAAUGACUAUUCCUGGUGAGGAGGAGCUGGGUGUGGUCUUGGUGGUGCCUCCUCCAUCUCAACCCAGGAAGCUCCGUCUCCACAAAGAGCUGUCAGACCUGGUAGCUAUUGCUCGGACCGGCAGCCGCAGCUUUUACAGCCAGAGAGCCAGUUACAAGAAGGCUCAGCAGCAGUCGCCCCCCAGCAGCCCAUCCUCACCCAACUCGCCCAAUCCACCUGACCUGCCUUACUGGACUAUGUGCUCCCUGGGUGAAGGAGAGGCCGGGCGGCUGACCAGCGAGAGCCCGGAGGACCUUGUAAUGUUCACAAAGCGAACCCUAACCAGGGUACGACCAAGCUCAGUGCGUCUGGACUCCAGUAACCCCAACCCACAAGGGUACUGGAAAGGAGGGGUCCAGCUUGUGGCCUUGAACCAGCAGACGCCCGGCGCCAUGCUGGACCUUCACCGAGGCCGUUUCUCGCAGAACGGAGGGUGUGGUUACGUCCUCCGACCUGCUGUAAUGAGAGAUGAGGUGUCAUAUUUCAGUGCCCACACUCACGGCUGCGUGCCAGGAGUCCCACCUCAAACUCUGCGUGUCAAGGUGAUCAGUGCCCACAACCUGCCUAAGCCCCAGGGCUCAGGAGCCAAGGGGGAGGUCAUCGACCCGUAUGUGGUUCUGGAGCUGCAUGGCGUUCCGGCUGACUGUGCCGAGCAGAGGACGCGCACCGCUGCUCAGAACCAGGACGACCCGCUGUUUGACGAGACCUUCGAGUUUCAGGUGAACAUGCCGGAGCUGGCCUUGCUGCGCUUUGUGGUGCUGGACGAUGACUACAUCGGAGAUGAUUUCAUCGGCCAGUACAGCGUGGCCUUCGAGUGCCUUCAGCCCGGCUACCGGAACGUGCCCCUGUUAGGCCUGGCGGGAGACCCCUUACCCCACACGAGCUUGUUUGUCCAUGUGGUGAUCACCAACCGGAGAGGAGGUGGGAAGGCCUAUCGGCGCGGGCUGUCCGUGCGGAGGGUGGGACGGCGAGGGAGGGAGUACGUCACGCUGAGGCACACUGGCAUCAAGGUGGUGGACGAGACCUUCAAACAAGCAAGUGGCCCCGUCAAAGAGGCGACGGACCUGCGGGAGGACGCUCAGAGCUCCACAGCCGGUUUCAAAGAGCAGUGUGGGCUCCCCUCUGUGGCCAAGCUGAAGCAGUGCAUCCAGAGCCUGGCCACAAGGCUGCAGAGCCCUGAGGGCCCCAUGGGGGCCACCAUGGUGCUAAGGGAGGGUUACCCCUGUCUGGAGCCGCUGGUCAGCCUCUCGGAGACGACUCGCAAACUGCUCGCUGCCUAUGACACGAUGAUUGCUGCCCAGAAACAGCUGAUCGAGAACGCAGAUGGUGUCCAGGAGAGGAUUGACCAGGUGCACCGAGAAGGAAUGGACUUCCAUGAGGAUCUGUCUCGGCUGGGGGAGAAGGAAGGGCUGAAGGGACGCAAGCUGAACAAAGCUGUGGAGAGUUUCACCUGGAACAUCACUGUGCUAAAGGGGCAGAGCGACCUGUUGCGUGGAGCUAAGAUGGACUCCCUGGAUGCCCUGCGGCAGCUGGCUCUGGCCUGUGAAGCCUGUGGACUCACCUCUUCCUCCAACUCCUCGUCCUCCAGCUUCUCCACAGCUGAGCUGCACUACCCCUCCCACCCCACAUCCGGCAGGCGCAGCAGCACACAUGGCAAUGGACGCAUCUGACAGCCCCCCCCACCCCCCAGCACAGUGCUGGAGAUGAAAGAUGGACUGGGUAGGGUAAUUACAGGAUAAGAGACGAGGAGAUAUGAGUGCAGAUGAGGAGGUUUUUCUUUAUCCAGUAGAUUUAAGCCUUAUGGUGAGUUUAACUCUUAUCAGCGACAUUUCGACCUGCAGAGAGGCUUCUCAUGAAUGUCUGCAGUGCUAAAGCUAAUGAAGACACUGGACUUUGAAGGCUUCUUAAACAACAACUCAGCCGGUUUUUCCUCUAUAAAGAUGUAGACGUGAAACUGAAUGUAGAACUGCCUCUGUGUUUCAGCUCCUUCCUGAAGCUGUUGUAAAUAUCAGAGAUGCAACGAGAGCCUGAGAAAACCCCACCGUUGACAGAUCCGUUAAGGAUGGCCUCAGAUAAAGCAGGCUAACACUAAAAUGACAGGUACUGAUAUAACCUUCAGGAACGUGGCAGCAUCUGUUCACUUUCUCCAAAACCUUUAAACAAAAUGAGCUUCAGAUGAAAAACAAGAAUUAAACUGAACUUAUCUUAAAUAUCAGGAGUUAUUAAUGAGGUUUGGAGGGAAACCGUUUGAGUUCUAACUUCCUUCACAUCUCUCAGCCUCCGGAGGUUUUCGCUGGGUCUGUUUGAGGAUUAGCGAGCGUCCUCGUCAUCACUGUGCUUGGUGAUAUCAGCUCACACGGGUUGUUUUUAUCGCCGGCCAAUGUGACGCCGCUUUGGCUUAGAAACACGAGAAGCGUGUAUUGCUGCUGCAGGUCUGUGUAUGUGCAGUGUUUGCGUGGAUCGUGUUGGUUCCUUGCAUGCAUGUGUGCAUGCAGGAGGAGCAGAUUUCUACAGUGCUUAUGAUGGAGCAGCAAUAAUAAGUUAGAAGAACAUCACUGAGAGCUGCUUUUCCUCUGGGCCUUAGACUGUAAACGUGUGCAUCUCCCUAACACAGGAAUAAUUCUUAUUUUAACUCUGCUUUUGUAUCUUUAUAAUGUGUUUUAAUCUAACUUGUCAAAAUGAUGUUAAACCUCAAACAGGACCAAACUAAGCCAGUUAGAAAUACCUCUGGUUGCCUCUCAGCUCUCUGUGGACCAAAAAAGCAUUUUCUUAGUCAAAAAGACCAAAUGUUCAGAGGAUAAACUCAUGAUUGAGUAGCUGAAUGUGAUUUAAGAAGACAGGCAGGAAGCUAACGGGCACCGGGAGGGGACUUCUGAACGGAAGAUGAUAUGAAUGUUUGUUCUGCCCCUGGAGGGAGGUGGGCAGGUGGACUGCAGCGAGAUGCAGCACAUCAACACAGCUGGUGGCAUUCAGGAGUCGAGUGGGCGUGAUGAGGACUCGUUGAAGUGCUUGUGCAGGACUUCUGUGUCAGCUGAGUGGUACCCAUUUCCUCUCCCUCCUCUCAAACCUGCUGCUGCUCUGGAGCCUCCGGGUGAGGAGUGACAGAUCUGAUGAGCUGAGUCACAGCCGACCUGAUAACAUUUCCCUGUGUGUGUGUGUGUGUGUGUGUGUGUGUGAGGAUGCUUACGAAAGCAGAAACAUUCGCAAGGGUUGCGGAUGGAGGAAGACAAAGAGGCUGAUGUUGUAGGCUAACCUCUGGCUGCAUGCGUGGUUCUUUGGGAACACCUGCAGAGCUUCGUAAUUGGCUGUGAGUAGAAGAUGCAGUGGCAGCACCUGCUGUUUGUGGUCUAUUAAUACACUCUGACUCACUGAGGGUCUUGUGGUGUGCUGCUGGUGUGCUGUCAGGAUUCACAGGUCUCGGUUUCUGCUGGUAUAUUUCCUCUGAACUGAUUCAGAAGCUGUUUGGUGGAUCUUCACUGCCCCUGAGAGGCAAACCUGUCUCAUACACAGCUGCUCACCAGGAGCGAGGGAGGAGCUCUGCAUUAAUGAUGCAUCGGCUGCAGGUAAACACCGCGUGGUGUCGUCUUUCCGUUAGACAUGGAGAGAACGAAAUGAUGGGACUUAUUUUACCUGAGCAUGGAGGUCACUGCACAUCCUCUGCAGGGGUUGGGUUUCAAUAAUUAGAUUGUUUCCAGAGUCAUUCACCAGGUUCUUGCUGUAUUUACAGAGACAGCAGCAACCAGAGGAUGUGAAGUAACAGCUGAGGAAAAUGGCAGCUCUGUUUCGGUAGUCAUUAACCGGUGGCUGGAUGAUCCAAAAAGACCACACUUUUUAUUUAGCCCUCACUUCCACUCAUAUGCACCCACAUUAAUAAAUCAUAGUUCUGCAAGUUGACUCUGCUUUUCUGCUGCUUGCCUCACAUUUAAUCUGACAGAAGAGCUCAUCAACCAGCUCAGUAAAACAGUUCAUCAGCAUCCCACCAGUUUCCCCAUAACAGCAGAUUUUAGUUGAAUUAUUUUAUGCUUUUUGUUGCUUUAGAGCACGAUGAUUGUAAGUUUCAGGAUAAAAGACUAAUGAAGGUUUUUAAAAGAUGCAUCUCCAGUUGUCACGCACACACUCGUCACCACACUUUGCUUUUUCCAGACAUUUAACCAAAUGUCCAUGGUGCAGUAUUUAAAAAAAAUUUAGUGUUUAUCUCUGCAAAAGGCAUAGCAGUCGGUGCUUUCCUACAAUGCUCGGUACGUUGCAUUGCACCUGGAACACCUGAGCUGUGCUUUACCUCCCUUUAAAUCCUCAGAGGUGCAGUUGAUCUGAGUAAAACUCUGAGUCUCACUGUGAUUCUGUUGUAAUGAAUGAUUCUGGUUUAUUUCAUGCUGCUGUGUCUGUUGUGUCUCUGUGGACGAUUCUGUCUUUAUAGAGUUCAUCUUAAUGGCAAAGACCCAAAAGAAAUGAGAAUUAUCACGAAACGGCAAAAAGGCGCAACGUUCCUGCAGCUUCUCAUCAGUUUUCACCUGAAGACGGAAACCCCGGCACCCUAA